AGCUAUAGGAAAUUACGCAUAAGGCGCUACGCAGCUGGUGUGGAUGGUAAAGAAGACGAUGGAGAAGGAAAGGUUUCGGUCAAUGUCAGUGGCGGCACUUUGCCUGUUGGUGUUGGUGGUCGCCGGCAUAUUUGCUCUUUCCGAUGCCAUCGAUGACAAAUGCGCCGCCUGUAGAGCUGUCGCCGGGGAGCUAGAGUUUGAGCUCUCCAAGGAGAAGCCGCGGAAUCAUUUGGAUAUGCGUCACCGCUUGGAUUCCAAGGGCCAGCGUCAGGGCAAACUUAUUGAUUAUAGAGUUAGCGAGCUUAGAGUAGUUGAACUCCUUGACGAUCUUUGUGAUAAGAUGCAAGACUACACACUCAAGGAUGAUACAAAUGAAUGGUACAAAGUUGUUAGUUGGGAAUUACUCUCAAAUAAGCAAGAAGCCAAGGCAUAUGCAAAGGAUAUAUCUACUUAUUGUGGAAGAUUGCUUGAAGAAACAGAAGAUGAGUUUGCUGAGUUGAUAAAGAAAGGAUCCGUUAAAGUGGGAGAAGUGAGCAAAGUUCUUUGUCAAGAUUUGAGCAAACACUGCAGUCAAAGGAGUAUUUCAGAGAAGGGAGAGGAUAAUGGUAAUGGAGAGCUCUGAAACCCUGGAUAACAGGAAGGUUCAAACUAUCUGCUUUUGAUCUGUUAAAUUAUAUACGAUGCAUCUCAAAUUUGAUGAUGUCCUUUUCCCAGUUGAAGCUGCUGGGACAUUUUUUUCUCAAAACAAAAAGAAACUUUAUCAGUGAGUUGGUGGAUCGGACUCCAAUCAAGUAAUGACUAAAUUAUGACUUCGAUAUUGUGCACUGCACUUUUUAACAUCUUUCUUUUCCCCUUUUAACAAUUUCUAU